AUGUACGGUGAACGAACUGUUUGGAUUGGAUUUUCAGAUGUGACGGUGCAUGAGUUGGAGAAACGAGUGGUUGAACGAUGGCCAGUGCCCUGUGUUGAGUUGUUCGAUGAAACAAUGAACGGCUCCAGCGACAAAACGCGUUUCUGUGGUUGCGCCUGGUGUGUACGGGAUGCAUGCGGCCUCACAUGCGCCGUCAUGACCUGGUACGUUUCAUCAAAAAUUUCAAGCACAGUUUCUAUAUGUUGA